AUACCCUGGCAUUAUGUGGCUGAGCCAUGAGGAGACAGACCACCAGAUAUACCCUGGCAUUAUGUGGCUGAGCCAUGAUGAGAAACUAAAAUGUUUUUUGUCCAUUGCGUAUUUCCGUUUGCUGAGCUUUUUGAUAAAGCCUGGAAUAAAAUAAAAAGGUUGACCUAUAAUUAAAUUAAACAUUUAGUUCCAGACACAAAGCAAAGUGCACUUACACUGAACAAAAAUAUAAAGUCAACAUGUAAAGUGUUGGUCCCAUUUUUCAAGAGCUGAAAUAAAAUAUCCCGGAAAUGUUAGGCCUGUCAAUCCCUAAAUGUCCAUUAAUUAUGAUCCAUAUAAUAAUUUACAUUUCCUGUUGCUGCAGGAUUCUUUUCCUGCUGUAGCAAACUGGCUCAAAUUAAGAUCCUACACCUGUAGUAGCAUAACAUAUUUUGUAACGUGUUUUGUUUGGCGACUCCAAGUAAAAUCGUACAAUCAUUAAAACGGAAUAUGAUGGACAUACCUGUGCGCGUCGUUUUUCUCUUCAUCAUCUUUGGUGGCUAAUAAGAUAAGAGAGCGAUGAUACUCCCGCCAGAAGCUACAGAGUCGGGGCAGCUACAGAGUCUUGGCCCCUUCUGUUUGACGUCACACCGGUGCAAAACUGACACCGCGCGCACUGACUGUGUGGCUCUCCUCUCAUUGCACCCAAACGCGCGCCGGUCGAUGUCUCCUGCGCUCCUCCGAAUCGAGUUCUGAGACUAGAAGUACAUGAAACAUCAGCGUCAAACUCUGUAGUCCUUACUGUCGGUUCUAGAAGACUGUACCGUUAUUCUGCGUUCUCUCUCUAUCUCUUUGAAAGUUGGAUUAUGAGCGCAGCUCGUUCGGCAGGAUAUAGUCCGUUUUCCAGCGGUUCCUCAGAAGAUGACCAGCGGUGAAACUGAGAUAGGGAACAGCGAAAGGAGGUCGAUGCUGCCAAAGGUAGAGUGGUCCCCUGGUAAAGCCCUCCUAUGAGGUGAGGUUAAGGUGACCCCUGACCCCGCUCACACAGCGCCCCUCCACCAGGCAGCAGGACUAAGGGAUGUCACGGGGCUUCCUGCUGCUCACACUGCUCACAGUCUUCUCCAGCAUCCAAGUGUCCCCAGCUAAGCCAUUAAAGGCGUUGAUGCAGAGAUGGGUGAUGUACACGGAGGAGUGUAGCCGCAAUCACAGCAGAGAACCGCCGCUCACUGGUGUUGUGUGUAACAGGACCUUUGACAUGUAUGCCUGCUGGCCCGAUGGACUCGCCAACACUACCGUCAGUGUGUCCUGUCCCUGGUACCUGCCCUGGCACCACAAAGUCCAGCAUGGUUCGGUGUACAGGGAGUGUGACGCGGACGGCCAGUGGGUUCCCCAGAAGAACACGAGCGAGUGUGAUGCUAAUGAUCCUGCUCAGCCUCACUAUGGUCAGAUCCUCAAGAAGUUCCGGACCAUGUACACCGUGGGCUACUCUCUGUCUCUGGGGGCUCUGGUGUUAGCGCUCGGAAUCCUGAUCACUUUCAGGAAGCUCCACUGUAUGAGGAACAACAUCCACAUGAACCUGUUUGCAUCCUUCAUCCUGCGUGCUCUGUCCAUCCUGAUAAAGGACGCCAUGUUGGAGGCUCCCAGCGUCAACAUCGGACAGGACCAGGAAGUUACAGACUAUGAGGUGGAGUGGCUCGUCAACAACGAGACAGCGGUGGGGUGUCGUAUCGCCGUGGUGAUGAUGCAGUACAGUAUCAUGGCUAACAGCUAUUGGCUGCUGGUGGAAGGGAUCUACCUCCACAACCUGCUGGUCAUCACCGUGUUCACUGAGAGAAACUACUUCAACAUCUACCUGUGUAUCGGCUGGGGUGCCCCUCUGAUCUUCCUGGUGCCCUGGGUGAUGGUGAAAUACCUGUAUGAAAAUGAGGAGUGCUGGGAGCAGAAUAUCAACAUGCAGUACUGGUGGAUCAUACGGUCACCUAUACUGCUAGCAGUUGUGAUUAACUUCCUGAUCUUCAUCCACAUAAUAAAGAUCCUGGUGUCCAAACUGAGGGCUCACCAGAUGAGAUACUCCGACUACAAGUUCCGGUUGGCUAAGUCUACCCUAACCCUGAUCCCUCUACUAGGGAUACACUUGGUGGUGUUUGUCUUCGUGACGGAUGAGUCCACCAAGGCCACCAUCACCCUGCGUCUCACCAAACUCUUCAUCGACCUCUUCUUCACCUCCUUCCAGGGUCUUCUGGUAGCUAUCUUAUACUGCUUUGUCAACAAAGAGGUCCAGUCAGAGAUCCUGAAGAAGUGGAAGCGUUGGAAGCUGGGUCGUAACAUCGAGGAGGAGUACCGCCACACCUAUAGCCAGACGCCCCACCUCAACACUAAGAGCAGCAGCCUGCUGGGUCACGAGCACGCUCACGGGGGUCACGACCCCUCGCACCCCUCCUCAAUGCUCCUCCACCCCCACCUCCCCGACAUCACCACCUCCUCCCCUGCUCCCCCUGGCCAGGGCCCAGGCUGCUCCCCAGAGGAGAAGCACCUCCUGGUGGUGAGCUGUCAGAAUGGCAUGGGGCGGAGCAGGAAGAACACAGGGUCGAACAUGCAGUUUCCCUCCCUACCACGUGAGGGCACCAUCAGCUGUAGUCACACACUGAUAGAGGAUCAUAUGGAUGAAAUCUGCUUGACGGACAGGGUGUCAGAGUGUUACGAGGCUCCUAGAGGAAAUGCAGAGAGCCACCUCUGAGACUGGAGAGGAUGGGGAAGAUUAAUAACGUAACACCCUGGUAACUACAGCAGAGACUGGAGAGGACGGGGAAGAUUAAUGACGUAACACCCUGGUAACUACAGCAGAGACUGGAGAGGACGGGGAAGAUUAAUGACGUAACACCCUGGUAACUACAGCAGAGACUGGAGAGGACGGGGAAGAUUAAUGACGUAACACCCUGGUAACUACAGCAGAGACUGGAGAGGACGGGGAAGAUUAAUGACGUAACACCCUGGUAACUACAGCAGAGACUGGAGAGGACGGGGAAGAUUAAUGACGUAACACCCUGGUAACUACAGCAGAGACUGGAGAGGACGGGGAAGAUUAAUGACGUAACACCCUGGUAACACUCUGGAGCUGGGCAGUGUGUUUCAGGAGAGGUGUGUUUCUCAAUGGCCGUCACCCUGGACCUAUGUUAAUGAGCGAGAUGGCCUUGACAGACCCAGGACAAGUGUGUGUCUCAAUGUUCGUAUCGUCACCCUGAAACAGUGUUAGUGGUAGAGAGAGACACCUACUCGACCCUCUCCAAUCCACAGCCAAAUGAGAGAAACAUAGAACAAGCUAGACCUACCAUGUUGGACCCCACUGACCCAGACCAGCCCUCCCAUGUUGGACCCCUCUGACCCAGACCAGCCCUCCCAUGUUGGACCCCUCUGACCCAGACCAGCCCUCCCAU